AUGGUUCCCGUUUCCAGAGCUGGCGGCGGCUUGCUCGGCGCCCCAACUCCCCCAAACGACGCUAGCAAGUAUUACAUUUAUUCCUAUGAUUCAGGAAGAAGACCGGAUCCAAACACCAAGGUUCUUUUCCAAGAUGAGCCCAACUUGAACACCUUUCUCGACCAACUACCCGAUAAGGGCAUCACACUCAGCCAGCAGCCGCCAGAUAAGGUGGCAGAGCUGGAUGCCAGCGACGCCUGGAAGACAUGGAUGACCAACUGGGACGCCAAUUGCGCCCUGUCAAUCACAGUCGAUGACAAUACCAGCAUGAAUGUCCAGUCCUUUGAAUUUCACUUGACCACUCCGUACGACCUGGCGUUUAGCUCUGGGCCUGAUGCCCUUAUUUUCUCCCUCGGCACCAAUGCGAGCGGAAUCCCUCCCCCCGGGAUCCAAAGUGAUGGUUCUACGCUUUACUUCGGGCUGGACCCCGGCAAGUCCAAAGCAGUCAACACAACAAUCAAGGAUGUCUUCUCUUUCGCCAAUCUUGAGGAUGGCAUUGAACAAUUUCCAGAUCUCGUAACCGGAUUAGAAGCAACGUUGGAUCCAACGGAAGCCAAUGAGAAGAGGAAUGCCAUCUGGUUUACUCCUGGCAAAUAUCUCAGCACUACCAUCAGGCUCCAGUUCGGAAUAAAAGAUACAGAAGGGUUCCAAAAACUCUUGGCAGACGAGUUACAAGGCCUCGAGUUCACCAACAUCGAGCUCAUCUGCAAGAAAGAGACGAUUUUGGGCGACGCUGAUACAGAAGAAGAGGCUGUCUCAAUCGGUACUAUUGUUUUCGAGACCAGCGGCUCAAUCACACCAAAAGGUAAAACUGGCAUUGACAUAAUUCUUGGGCUAGCAGUCUCUAAAACUCAGCUUGAUCUCACAAUCAACGUGAAUGAUCCCGCAAACGAAAAUGUUUUCACAGACAUCAUUGCCUGGCUCCUGGACUUACUACCUCAGGGUAGCGGAGUGGACGGUUUUCAGACACUGCUUGAGAAGGACGACAUUUUCAAGGAUUACAUUCAUCUCCGUCGGCUCAGGAUCAUCCUAGCUUCAACGGGGCAAGGCUCCCCGAAGCUUUCGAGUGUCAAGGUCGACGUCGAAGUAUCUGGCAAUUUUGGCAAUGCCAACAAGGCACAGAGGGCCCCAUUCCUGGUCUCGUACAGCUGGGAUGCUAAUGCAGGCCAGCUGGGGUCCAUCGUGGGGGACUUUUGGAACUGGUACGAAACCUCGACUGAGCGCUUCAUCAGUCCUCAAUAUGAGAGCUUUUCCGAUCUGCAGCCGCUCACCACCGAGCCUUUGAAAGUACUCGAUCUAGUAACCCUGAUCCCUGGCGUUGACAAGAUUCCAGACAUACCUUCCACCGUGCCAACGGAAAUCUCCAGUGCUUGUAUCUUCCUCUCACAGGAUACCUUUACCAUUCGGACGACAAUAGAAUCAAAGGACCACGACGCAGGCGAUAUACCUGGCAAGGUGCCUAGUAUUGAUUUGGGCCGGAUCGAUCUGGACGCAUCGUUCAGCUGGACUAACAGCAGAAACUUUAACAUUUGCCUUGCCUUUACCACAAUUUUGGUUCCCAGCCAGAGAUCCAAGCAUAAGGGGAAUGCCUACCUUGUCGGCGACGUCAAGUACGAUUCAUCCCAAGGUUGGCAGCUAGAGGCUUCACUCGAUGGCUUGUAUGCUUCGACUCUCUGCGAGUUCUUCGAUAAGGCUUCGGCUGAUCACGUGUCGCCCUUCCUAGAUUCACUUGCAAUAUCUCGGAUGCAUCUGCUGUACAAAUAUGAGAAAGGGGCCGUGGAAGGACGCUCCGUCGGCAGUUCCUUCGAUUUUACUGGUGCCAUACUCGUUGCAAAUCUUGAGCUGGAUCUCGUCUUUCAUUUUGACAAUCAAAACGGGUGGAGUUUCACAGCUGAUCUCGGGGCCACCAAGGACACGACAACAAUCGGUGAUAUCCUCACAAGUAUGCUGGGCGAUGAUGACCUCUCUUUGCCACCUUUCCUGGCCGACACUGUCUUCAAUGGCGACAAGGGUUCUGGCAGCAAAUUCCAUCUAGAAGUGCAGAAGAGCAAAGCUGGUUUCCACCUACUCACUAACAUAGUCUUCAGCCCGGUGACAAUCGUCUUUGCGCAGAUCCACGCAAACGACUGGCCUGCCUCGACCAAAUCCAAACGACUUGUCAAGGCUGGGAUAGUGGCGCUGCCGUCGGUCUCGAUCCCGCUGAUCGGGGACUUGACCCAACCCUUUGAUGAAAUGUACCUACUCUGGGUACAAGACGCUGCCAACAUUUCCAAGAGCAAGCAGGCCCAGCCAGGGCUGACCGUGUCUGAAGUCGAUGAUCUCAACGCAUCUCUCGGCCAAUACCCACUGGUCUAUUCGAACAAGUCCAAGUCCCCCGAGGACACCGAUGUAAUCAUUGCCUCGGGAGCGCACUUCUGUGUCGUACUCAAAGACCACAACAAUGUCCCAAAAAUGGUUUUGGAUUACAACUUCAAGAGGACCCAACCAAAGUCUGAGAGCCAGGCUUCCAGUGCGACAGGGCUAGCAGUCAAGGGGGCAGGCACGGAUGGGACGAAGCCUGACUCGGACGGCGGCAGCGCCUCUGCGCCUUUCAAAAAGAAGUCUGGGCCCCUAUCAAUCACCAACUUGGGCCUCAAGUACGCCAACAAGAAGUUACAAAUCAUGCUCACAGCCACAUUGGAGCUCGGCCCGGUUGGCCUGUCCCUCAUCGGGUUCGGCCUCAACCUCGACCUCGCCGUGCUCAAGAAGCCCGAGCUGUCCGACCUUUCCAUCACCUUGGAAGGCUUAUCCGUUGCCUUUGAACGACCUCCGCUCACCAUAUGUGGAAGCAUCCGCCACGGCAGCGACCCUAAUCUCAACUACUAUGCCGGUGGGCUGAUCAUUGGGUGGAAGCCGUAUCAGAUAGAAGCGGCAGGGUUCUAUGGAGAGGCGAUCCCUGGUGGAGCCAAAGACGCAAAAGACUCUUUCAUAUCGGUAUUUGUCUUCGCGCGGGUGGACGGGCCGCUUGUCGAGCUCGAGUUUGCAGAAAUAUCUGGCGUAUCUGGCGGAUUUGGUUACAAUUCCAAUGUCAAGGUGCCCACACCCGAUCAGAUUGUCAACUUCCCGUUUAUCAAUACGGGCUCGCUUGACGGCGCAACGGAUAGUGCCAUGAGUGCGCUGCAAAGACUGACAGAUCCCGGCAAUGGGGGCUGGUUCAACCCUCUGCCUGGCACGUACUGGGCCGCAGUAGGCAUGAAGAUAGACGCCUUCCAGCUGAUCUCCCUGGAUGCCGUAGCCGUGGUGCAGUUUGGAGAGACCAUCAAGCUGGGCAUCUAUGCGGUUGCCAAUGUCGAUAUCCCGAACCCGAAAUCCCCCAUGAAGUAUGCCCACGCGGAGCUCGGCAUCGCCAUUGUUGUAGACUUUGCGUACGGAGUCAUGAAAGCAGAGGCACAGCUCAGUCCCAACUCGUAUAUCCUCGACCCCAACUGUCAUCUGACGGGAGGGUUUGCCCUCUACUAUUGGUUUGAUGCACCACACGCCGACCACAGCAAGACGGGAGAGUUCGUCUUCAGCCUGGGAGGAUACCACCCGGCCUUCCACAUACCCGAGGGGUACCCUAACCCCCCGAGGCUGGGAAUCAGCUGGUGCCUGGGCGGUGGGCUGAGCGUCACCGGCGAGGCUUAUUUCGCCAUUACAACUAAAGCCUGCAUGGGAGGGGGUAGGCUACAUGCCGCCCUCAGCGCGGGACCGCUCGAGGCGUGGUUCGAUGCCUUUGCAAACUUCCUGAUCAAUUAUCAACCCUUCCACUUCCUAGCCGAGAUUGGUGUGGAUAUCGGUGUCAAGUUCAGCAUCGACAUCUGGUUCAUCCACAUCCACAUCUCCGUCGAUGUCGGAGCCGAUCUCACCAUGUGGGGACCGCCCCUUGCCGGCCGGGUUCACGUCAACCUCAAAGUUGUCUCGUUCAACGUCAAUUUCGGCCAUGCACAGCAGGACGUCGAGCCCGUAUCGCUGCUCGAGUUUUACGAGCUCGUCUUGCAAGCCGAUCAAAGUAGUCCAGGGACUCGGCAGGAAGAGGCAGCCCUGGCUGAGCCCGGGGUUACAGAGCUGGACAAGGACGGGGCCGAAGAAGACGGCGAGCAGUUCAUCGAUAUGCCUCAAGACGAGGCACACACUUUCCUGGCCGAGUCUGGCUUAAUGAACAACGAUGAAAAGCCUGAUCGUAAACAAAAUCAAAGUUGGCUAGUGCGUGGCGGCAGCUUCGUGUGCGCCAUCGGCUGCAAAGUGGCCAUCAACAGCGCCGACCAGAUGGACGGAGACAAGAGCAUAAGCCGUAUCACACACGAUGAGACCAUUUACGCAAGGCCCAUGAAGCUGCAGGGAGAGUCUCAGUUGGUGUCGAAUCUGCAAAUUUCCAUUGUUAGGAAGGACGGAAAGGUUAUCGAGGGUUGGACAAUGGAGCAGGUCACCAAGUCUCUUCCAGCAGGGCUGUGGGGUGAAUAUAACUCUAGUACUGACCCCUUGGAGAGCGGCAAUAACAUUAGCAGUCUGCUCUACUCUUCCGGCGGAACUAUUGACCUCUUGGCUGGCGUCCGUCUAACGGCUCCGCCACCACACAUGUCCAACGACCCUUAUCCAGUCUUCAAUAUCCUCGACGCUGAGCUUCAAGAGCUUACUGCCGAGGAACCGUUUCCCCAGUCGGAGGGCUCCAACCAGGAUUGGGAUCCUGCAGAGUCCCCUCAAACUAUAGAGCAGUGGGAGAUGGUGCGGGAGCAAUGGGCGGUUCCGGACUGGGAUCAAGGUACAGGAAAAGUCCAGGAGGUAUUUGUAAGUAGCUGGAUGGCGGCCCUGGGCUGGGAUGCACGAUUAAGCCAGUGGGCCAAGAUGCCCAAGUGGGUGCACCAUCAAUUUGAUGGACUGUACGUCGACGCUCCUUUGAUGACGAAAUGA